UCUGAUCCAAAAUUUCAGUAGUCGUCCAGCCUGAGGGGUCUCCCACGAAAUUCCAGAGUCGUCUUUGCUGGUUCGAGUUCCCACAGCGUUUGCAAUUUCGCAUUACCAUACUUGGCGCCUCUAGCGCUUACCAGGCACUAUCUCUGAUGAUAUCGAAUAAAUCUUUGCCUUUGGCUGUGCAUGCACAGUAUCGGUUACUAAAUUAAUACCAAUGCCUUGUCUAUCAUCGUAUUUAAGUAAUGCCCGCAGGUGUAUCGCUCCAUUCAGGACUUGCGGGCAAGUACCACGAGGCGCAUACUGAUAUGUCUUCCCUAUCGAUCUCAGACCUGACGAAGUUGCAGACGGUCAAGUACGCCAAUUUGGGCAGUCUUGCAAUCCUCGUGCGAUGGACUUGGUUCAGACCAUGGGAUGUAAUUCGUGUCAUAUUUGUCAUUUCUCGAUAUUUACCUUUCGCGGGUGUUGGGAUGACUGCGUAUGACGCAUUGCGUAUCAGCGAUAAGUGUGCCUCUACUUUGGAAGGAAACAUCAUUCAUAUCAUAGGUAUCGUUGCUGCGGAAGCAUUGCUGAUUAUUCGGACCUGGGCAUUCUGGCAAAAGAGUAAAAGAUUGCUGAUCGGAUUAUUGGUCUAUAGCGUGUUGACGAUUGUCGCCGUCCUUGCUGUAGACCUCAGUCCUACAGUGUUAAUUCCAGGAGAGGAACCCCCCCUAGGAACUUGUUACUUCGAGAGCACACGCAACGGUGCGGUCGCAUACAUGUUCUUGGCGAUGUUCGAAAGCGUGAUACUGACCCUUACUGUAUAUAAGAGGGUCCACGAUUAUAAAAACUUCGAGAGUGGAAUUGUGGUAACCCUGUACCACGACGGUAUGGUUUACAUGUUGUGCAUCCUCGGCAUCACACUCGCCAAUGUCAUCAUCGGAGCUGCACUUCCAAGCGCCUAUAGCAAUAUGCUUGACACGCUACAGCUGGUCAUUCACAGCGUUCUGGCAUCACGAAUUUUAUUCCGUCUUCGACAUACCAACGAACGUGUUCACGAACCGUCCAUGUCAGUAACGACGAUGGAAUCCGCACAUUAUUUGCGACCUCCGUCAAUGUCGAUGAGUGGGACGGCUACUACCAGUCAAGUUUGAAGAAACUUAGGUGUGCGGAACCAUCAGCCUCUGUUAAAGUAGGACAUUUUUGCUCUUAUCUAAUGUACAACUCAAUUGUGAUAUCAUGAGCCAAUGAUACUGCGAGACCUUAGGACUGAGGGGAUGAACGAAAUGGUAAUUCGUUCCCUUGUUUCCUCCGAGCCUGCUUGCGGUGUCUAUUCUCAUGCGACGGAAAGUAAGCCUAACGAAUCGCUCCCACUAACCCAGGGCAAACCACAGUACCCAGGACGAGCUGCGUGUUGUUAGAAAUGGGCAGGUUGAGUAGCUUGACAUUCAUUCAGGAUCGGGAGGAACCCAAA